AAAAAAAAAACAAUUGGAAAAAAGAAAGACUGUAUCAUCCGCCAUCUCUCACCAUCCCUCCUCCCACUCGAAAAAUGGCAGCCUCGCAAGCCGCCCCGCCAGACGACAGCAUCUCGGCCCGCAUCUCCCCCACGUGCCCGCCCGAGACCCAGCGGGUGCUGACGGCCGCCUGGGCCCACGACCUCGCCGCCGUCAAGAAGCUGCUCGACGCGCCGGGGAAGGCGAGCGUGCAGGACCCCACGACGGGCGAGACGCCGCUGCACGCCGCCAUCCGCUCGUGCGGGCCCCGCUCCGACGGGAACGACGGGAACGACGAGAACGAGGACCCCGCCGACCUCGAGGCCGCCGCCAAGGUCGUCCACGAGCUGCUGCUGUGGGGCGCCAUCUGGAACGACGUCGACGACCGGAACGAGACCCCCGGCUGCGUCGCCCACCGCCUCGGCAGGACGGACUUGUACAACCUGUGCGUCGAGGCCGGCGUCAGGGCCGAGAUGCUGUUUGGGCUGAUGGAGGGGUACGAGGAGCUGCGCAGCGCGGACGGGGAGGAGGAGGGCGAGGACGCUGAAGUGGUCGACAUCGACAUGGAUGCCGACGCCGGUGCGGACACGGUGAUGGUGGGCGAGGACGGCGACGAGGCGCCACAGCUGGUAAAUGUCGAGUCUAACGGGCAAAACGGGACGGCGGCAGGAAAAGACGACGAAGAAGAGGAGGAGGAGGAGGACAAUAAGGAGGAGGAUAAUAAGGAGGAGGAGGAAGGAGGGGAGAAGCAAGUGGAGGAGACGGGGGCAGAGGAACCACGGUUCCGGCCGCCAAGACCCGACACAGAGGCCGAGGUGACCUCGGAGGCGUACUUGCGGUCAAAGCUGACAUAUUCCGAUGGAAAACUUGUCGACGACAACGGCAACGGUGUCAUGAUGGCCUGGGAGACGGAUAUCAUGCGCCGCAGUGUCGAGGCCUUGCUGCCAAACAAGGAGCCGGGGAAGAGGAUUCUCAACAUUGGGUUCGGCAUGGGUAUAAUCGACACCAUGUUUGCCGAAACGAAGCCGUCCAAGCACCACAUCAUUGAAGCCCACCCAGGCGUCUUGGAACACAUCUCGCGCCCUGGCUCCAAGUUCGGCGCCGCCUGGGAGGAGAGCGGCCCGGCUCCGGGCGCAUUCAAGGUGUACAAGGGGAAGUGGCAGGAGGUUUGCCAACAGCUGCUGGCGGAAGGGCAAGUAUAUGACUCCGUGUACUUCGACACCUUUGGCGAAGAUUACUCCCAGCUGCGCCUGUUCUUUACCGAAUUUAUCCCCGGCCUUUUGGACGGCCAAGGCAGGUUUGGCUUCUUCAACGGCCUCGGUGCCGAUCGCUUGGUGUGCUACGACGUGUACACCAAGGUCGUUGAGUUGCACCUCGCUGAUGCGGGUCUGGAUGUCGAUUGGGAAGUAAUAGAUGUCGAUAUGUCGAACCUGGCAGAGGCUGGCAAGGGCGAAUGGGAGGGGGUGAAGCGGAGGUAUUGGACACUAGACAAAUAUCGCCUGCCGACUUGCACAUUCCUAGGUUGAAACACCCGAUCCUAGCACCAUUGAUUCCCAGCAACAAAGCGCCGAGAAGGCCAGAAACGAGCAAUGCUCGCGGAGACCCCACAACGGGCGCGGGCCCCAGUACGUACUUUCUGCCGGCCUCACUCAUGGCUGGCUGGUCGGGGCAUGCCCGUAUAUUCACAACCUCCGGGCGGAGGAGCGCGGAGAGUGCAGAUGGCAAACUUGCAGAUGGUCACGCUUCUGGCAUCUCCUACAAGAGUACAAACAAUGGCCAUCCGGGUCUUCUGCUGCGAGAUC